UGUGUGUUCCUUGCAAGACUUACAAGGAAUCAGAGAGUUGAUGAACAUUUUGUAUAAAGAUGUUUCCGUCUGAUGUCUAUUGUUACUAUUUGUAUAUUUGAGAACCUCUUGUGUCAGUAGAUGUGGAGCAGUUUUACUGAUUUUGUUUUUGCACAGGGAGCUGCAGAAAGGAGCCAGUGUUAUGGUCCCAUUUUGGAGCAGCUAAAAACCUUGUGUCCACUGAGUAACAGUUGUCAAUCAGUAUCUGUGUUAGUGCCGGGUUCUGGGCUUGGAAGAUUGGCAUACGAGAUUGCUAAGCUUGGAUAUCGUUGCCAAGGAAAUGAGUGGAGUAUGUUCAUGUUAAUUGCAUCUCAGUUUAUUCUCAACCGAGUGAAAGGGACAAAUGUAUUUGUUAUAUAUCCUUGGGUUCAUAACUUCUGCAACAACAUGAGUAGUGGAGAUCAGUUGAACAGCUGCCUUAUACCUGAUGUUGACCCACAUGAUUUGCCGCCAGCAUCAGACUUUUCUAUGACAGCAGGAGAUUUCAACGAGGUCUAUAAUGAAGAAGAUACGUGGGAUUGUGUGGCAACAUGCUACUUCAUUGAUACUUCACCAAAUGUAGUUGCGUAUAUUGAAACAAUUCAAAGGAUCUUAAAACCCGGAGGACAUUGGAUUAAUUUUGGACCACUUCUGUACCAUUUUGCAGACAUGGCCAAUGAGCGAUCAGUGGAGCUUAGCUAUGAGACAAUACGAAGAAUAAUGUUGAAGCAUUUUGGUUUUGAACUACUGAAGGAAGAGGUACGGAUACCUUCUACGUACAUCCAGAGUCCACUGUCAAUGAUGAAAUUACAAUAUGAAUGUGUGUUCUUUGUUGCAAGAAAACCGUUGAUAUCAAAAUAGUGUUAUGGAGUUACACCAGCAACAUGUUCAAAUACUGCAGAUACAGUUCACGUAUCAAACUAAAUCAAACUUUCAUCGCUAUAGUCCAAGCUCCUGAACAAACAAACAACAAAAAAUCACACGUUUCUGUACGUAGACGUCUUAUAACUAACGAGGUGUGGCUUACAGAAUCAAUGUCAAGGCUAUAUUUGUGUUUGUA